ACAGACACCAAGGGGCUACAUACGUGACUUGUGCCCCGGAAUGACAUAAUCACUUUCGACUUCAACUUCCGGUGUUCAAGUUUCUCCGCAGCUUUUUGUUUCUCCGAACUCGCGAACACCUCAGUUGUCAUAGCCUUAUGAUAUAAGAGAUGGACCGGCAGAUUGUCUAACAGGACGGCGUAUUAUCUAUCUCCUCUCCUAACGAGCGAGCUUCGCUUCGGGACUAUGCGCAAGUGCUUCAGCACAUGCGCGAGAGUCUUGAGCCAUGAGAAUCCACUAGGUCUACCACGCUCUCCCCCGCCCUCGUCUCGGACGACAAAAGGACCUCCUCCACCUCUUCCCCGACUCCAACGUGGCCUGCCCCAAAAGCGCAAAAUACGCAAUGUCUCACACACGAUCGCCGUCUCAAGCGCCAAAGGCGGCGUAGGCAAAUCAACACUCGCAGUAAACCUAGCACUGUCAUUCUCCCGCCGCGGCCUCCGAACAGGCAUCCUAGACACAGACAUUUUCGGGCCCUCGAUCCCAACCCUCCUCGGGCUCAGCGAUGCAGGCGAGCCAAAGUUGACAGGUUCAAACAUGCUGGUCCCAUUGACGAGUUAUGGAAUCCAAAGCAUGAGCAUGGGAUACCUGUUGCCAAGCGAGUCGGCGCCCGUGGCCUGGCGAGGACUGAUGGUCAUGAAAGCGUUGCAGCAGCUAUUGCACGAGGUGGACUGGAGCGCUGCCACGGCAGGAUCGGGUCUGGACUUGCUCGUGCUCGACAUGCCUCCGGGAACGGGUGAUGUCCAGCUGACGAUCGGGCAGCAGGUCGAGCUUGAUGGCGCUGUCGUCGUUUCCACCCCGCAGGACAUUGCACUCAAGGAUGCAGUCAAGGGGGUCGAAAUGUUUCGAAAGAUGAAUAUUCCGGUGCUGGGGAUGGUGCAGAAUAUGAGUGUUUUUGUUUGUCCUCAUUGUCAUACCGAGACGAGGAUCUUUGCGCAUUCGGCUGGGACAAAUGGGAUAAAGAAGGGCCAUGGUGGAGAAGAUGGUGGUCUAGGUGGUGCGGAAACAAAAGCGAAGGAUCUCGGUGUUGAUUUUCUAGGUGAUGUUCCACUUGAUCCUAAUAUUUGCGCUGAUGCAGACCGUGGUAUGCCUACUAUUGUUGCGGAGGAAGCUGCUGGCGUCAAGGUCAACUCGGGAUAUUAUGAGCGCAUUGCCGAGAAAGUGGCGCGAAAGAUUGGCCUCGAUUGGGCUUGAAAGAACCCGAACACCGUGACGCACAGCAUUGCCAGCACGAUGCAAAACAAGUCAAAAAGAAAUCAGGAUUUUUCAGGCGGUCGUGCUGACCCCUUCCCACUACAUUCUGGAACAACACAAGAACCAUUGCAGAAAUAGCCAAUACCUUGUUCUCUUCUUUACCCAUCGGGGGUAAGAAGUAUGAACAACCAACCUCCCAUGCCACAAGGCGCUGUGCUUUCCUCCACUAUCUCGACAUCCUACUUGCCUUCCAGAGGGCACUGAGAUUCGUCCGUGGGCCCACUGCAUGACACGAAGCGUCAGUCAGGCUUGCCUCUUGCUUCAGAGAACAAAAAAAGCGUGCACAAUAUAUCUGGGGUCAAACAGAUGAUUUGCCUUGGACAGAAACAGUACCUGAUGCCCUUCCCUUUUGGCCCAAGAAACAGAAACAGAGAACAGAUAUAUGAUUACUAUUAUCUAAAUUGCCAAGUAUCUAAGUAGUAUCAAGUCGUUCAACAGCAGUCUGAAACGUCGUUUCCGCCCGAUCGUACAGUUUCGGUCUCGAUGUCGAUGUCGGUCCUUUCCUUUCCUCAUACCCACUCUUCUCAUCGUCCACAACCACCGUGGAGUCAGGGUGAAUAUUAUGAUCGCGAUCAUCGUUACCCUCGUCAUCGUCAAGAUGAUCAUCAACGACGCCAACGACUCCUUCCGCUCUCACCACAGCAAUCGAGCUAGGGCUCCGCAAAUGCUCCAUGUGGCCCAUCAUCCCUUCGUCCUGCUGGUGGCUGUAGAGACGGUCAAGACUGCGUUGGCUGCGUGGGGUGUCGGAGCCCAUCAUGACAGCAUCAGCAUCAGCAUGAUCGAUAUUAGCAGCAGCAUGGUCGAUAUUGGCAUCAGCAUGUUGUUGACUCGACGAUCUUGUUUUGUCUUUCUUCUCCACAAGUUGACCACCACCGUCAUUCGAAGUUGAAUAAGUUGUGACUUGGGGAUGGUCCAACGCGACAUCAUCGAUGCCUUCAGGAAGCCUGCUAUCGCUGCCUUCACCUUCGCUUUCGGCCCGCGACACGUCUUCCACGUCCUUGGACACGCCAUGAGCGGCAAACACCGCUCGCGUGCUUGCAUCGUCUGCGGCGGCGGCAACAAGCCCGCUGCGUCCGCUGUGACCGGUCAUGUUACUUGCCGUGUCUGAGAAUGUACCAGUACCAGUACCGGCCGAGUCAUCACGGAGAUGGGCUGCAGCUUUGAACCUGGGAAGGAAGCCUGCCGAAAGUAAUGUCGAUGCCAGAUCACGGUCACGGUCGUCAGAGGCAGUUGUAGCCGUAGUAGUAGAUGGUCCUUGAUGUUGUUGAUGUUGGUCCUGAUCCUGCACUGCUGCCCUUGACGAUGACGAAAUAAGGGGCGGCUUUGCUGAUAUUGUGUCUGGUGCUGCCAUGUUUAUCACCUCGUUGGUUGUGCUCAAUGUAGGGCUUCCCAUCGCAGCACCACCGCUAUCUCUGCCCUCUGUCUGACCCGUGUCAGUCACAGAUACGGUUCGUCUUCUGCCUGGGGCGUGGUGUGGUCCGCUGCUCCCACGCCGUUUUCUGCUCUGACUCCGUGUCCGGCUAGAAAGCCUAGUCAUUGUAUCAUGCCUUUGGAGUGCGCCGAGGUGGUCCGAAUCGUGAGAGGUUGUGAUCUGUGCAUAUACCCCCGUUCCACCAUCAUGGGCCAGCGAUUGCGGUUCGCUGCUCUCGUCAACAACAUCCGCUGUCCUCUCUUUCUCUUCCGUCUUUUCCACUCUCACUGCCUCUUCCUCUCUUUUCAAUGUACUUUCAU